AAAAAUGGCAUUUCCUGAGUUCAGGCCACUAGACGAGAAGUCUCUCGUCGAAUACAUAAAAGUGACGCCGUUUUUGUCAUCGAAGAUCGGGGACAAGUACGAUGAUAUAAAAAUUAAGGAAGUUGGAGAUGGCAAUCUUAAUUUCGUCUACAUCGUCGUUGGCGCUUCUGGUUCUUUUGUCAUUAAGCAGGCGCUACCUUACGUACGAAGUCUUACGGAAUCUUGGCCAAUGACAAAGGAAAGAGCAUAUUUCGAAGCUGUAGCGUUAAAAGAGCAUGGUGGUUUGUGCCCUCGACAUGUUCCUGAAGUUUAUCAUUUUGACCGUACCAUGUCUUUGAUUGGAAUGCGAUAUUUAGAGCCUCCCCAUAUAAUUCUCAGAAAAGGGUUGAUUGCUGGAAUCGAAUAUCCAUUCCUGGCGGAACAUGUGUCAGUAUAUAUGGCCAAGACUCUCUUCUGCACAUCUCUUUUAUAUCGGUCAACUACAGAGCACAAACGUGCUGUGGCUGAAUUUUGUGGGAAUGUGGAACUAUGCAGACUCACUGAGCAAGUUGUUUUUUCUGACCCGUAUAAAGUGUCUGAAUAUAACCGUUGGACUUCUCCUUAUCUCGAUCAUGAUGCCGAGGCUGUCCGGGAUGAUGUUAUAUUGAAGCUUGAAGUAGCUGAGUUGAAAUCUAAGUUUUGUGAAAGAGCCCAGGCCCUUAUUCAUGGAGAUUUCCAUACAGGUUCUGUCAUGGUUACCCGUGAUUCAACUCAGGUCAUAGAUCCAGAGUUUGCAUUUUAUGGACCAAUGGGGUAUGAUAUUGGCGCUUUCAUUGGGAACUUAAUUCUGGCUUUCUUUGCACAAGAUGGACAUGCUGAUCAAGGGAAUGACAGAAAAAUAUACAAAGAGUGGAUAUUGAAGACAAUUGAGGAUACUUGGAAUCUUUUCCGCCAAAAAUUCACUGCACUUUGGGAUCAACACAAGGAUGGCCCCGGGGAGGCUUAUCUUCCAGCAAUUUACAACAACCCUGAGCUUCAAAAGCUUAUACAAGAAAAAUAUAUGAAAGAAUUGUUCCAUGACACACUUGGAUUUGGUGCUGCUAAGAUGAUAAGGAGAAUUGUUGGUGUUGCUCAUGUCGAGGAUUUUGAAUCAAUUAAAGAAGCUAGCAUACGAGCAGACUGUGAGCGGCGGGCUCUUGAAUUAGCUAAGACUCUUCUCAAGAGAAGGCGAGAAUUCCUGUCAAUUAGUGAAGUUAUUUCAGCCAUCAGGCAUGUCCAAUCAUGACGUAAAAUUACCUGCAAAUAAUGGUUUGCUCCUGGUAUUAGUUCCCUCAUUAAGCAUCUUCAGAUUUUUGUUCUGGACCAAGCCGCUCUUGCUGCAGAGCCCAUCAAUUACUCUAAUUUUGUUCGUGUGAAACCGCUGUUGUUCUGCAUCUGGCCAGUUCUUGUGCUAAAUAGAUGUAAUGCUUUUCAUGAUCCAGAAAUUACUUGCUGUUGUAAUUUAAUAAAGUCAUGCUUUCUUGUA